CUCCAACAUCCCACUCAUUGCGCACGUCGAGGUGCGCUGCCACUGCGCGACGCAACGCGGCUCGCUGCUCAGUCUUGAGUGUCAUUGGUCUUUCUGAGCUCGACUCUGCCAGCAUAGACCUUGAAUCGCGUUUCGAGCGAGGACAGUCACGAGGUGCGCACGAUGUCGCCGACGGUGCCAUCGCGCAAGCCCGCUUCUGGCGCUGCCGCUUAUUCGGCCUCAAGACCUGUCUCUGCCACAAAGCUCUCCGAAGCGCGUGUAGGCUCACCCGCAACGCCUUCCAACCCUCGAUCUAGCGCCGUGAUGUCCGACUCGCUCGACUCUCCUUCCACGCCGACUCCAGCUAAGCGACUGGGCAGCAGCUCCAAAGCUUCACAGGCCAUUGCUCCAAUUUCGAGCGGCCUUACGAGGGAAAGAAAUCAGAAAGACACUGCCACAGAUGCUGAAACUGAGGCGGACCUGGCAGAUGCCGACUCGAACACCAUCAGCACUUCUCCCAGCGCUUCCGUUAGCGCGCGGAGCGUAGCCUCAAGCAGCAGACCUCGGCCCAUCGAACUCAGCUUACCCACACGAAGAAGACUGAUUCGUAAGCCUUUGCCCAGCCUUCCGGGUGCUGGUGACGAAGAUGGUAAGGACGGGCUCAGCGGCAGCUCAGGUAACAAGAAUGGUGCAGUAAUUCCAAGCUUGCCUGGCGUGAGGGCUCUUGAGUGGACGCCGAGCUCCCUACCGGAGCACGAAAUGCAAGAUGAAGGCGCAAAAGAGCUGCACUCUCGGCACGAUCAACAUGACACAGGGCGCGGACCCGGGCUCGAUGCUCAAAGCGCCGAGCACUUGGACCUCUUUGUCUCUCACUUCAUCAGCGGCAGUCAGCCGCAUUCCGGUCCCAGUGCAAGCCCAGAGCCAAAGACUGCGACACUCAAAGCCAGCACAUCAAGAAGCGAGGCUUCGGAGACUCUUUCGUCCGGUACCGUCAAAGAGUUCCCUAGCACUGGCACUGGAGCAGGAGAUGAGCUGGAUGCAGAGAUGGGUCUGGCAAUGGCGAAAGCGGUCAAGGAGGCCUGCGUCACCCUGUCGGCUCCAGACACGCUGGAGGCCUUGCAAAGGACUGCAGCGAUGAAGUGGAGAGCAGAAGCUUCACUCAGAAAUUCUCUGAGUCAGGAAGGCAACAUUCAAGCGCAAGCUUCUAGCCGAUGGGCCCGUCUCGGCUGGGCGGGUCUCAUAGGAGUAGGUGCUGGGAACGUCAAUACGACUGGAAUGACGUCGACUAGAGUGACGAGCAACUCUUCGGCCUACAAUCCUUCUUCGAUCACAUCUGAAGCUCUCAAUGAGCAAUUUCUGGCUAGCCUGAGACUGGGUGGAGACGAAGCGAGCGGGAGCGACGGAGAAGCGCGCUUGCGAAAGAGAGACGUUGCUGUUCGCAUGCUUGCGAAUGCGGCCUGGCUUGUGCGCAUGUACGCAGCUGGGCCAGCCAUACAAUCAGAGACUGGAUUGCCAACCAACAGUUUGGACUCUGUUGCUACGCAAUCGACGCCCGGAGUCGGUAUUAGUUCCACCAAGGACACUGCCAAAAAGGCAGGUGGACCCGCACUACUCCGCGGGCCAACAGUGGCUGCAGCCAAGACGACAGUGUCGCUCAACACUGGAAGCAGCCUGGAGGGUCUAGACAAAGCGCAUGAAAGCUUUCCACCAGCCACAGACCCGUCAGAAAGCACCAAUGUUGUGGCUGAAGGAUCCCUACUGCAGCCGCCAUCCCGGCCUUCCUCGACCGCCCCUGCAUCCACUAGCAAAGCAAGAGAGCACUUGGCUUCACUUAGUGCCGCGGCUGGCGCUGCCAUGGCCGCUGCUGCCCGAGAGGCAGACGCGACUGCAACGUCCCGAAUACCUUCAAAAGCGGCAUCUCGUCGUCCAAGCAUCACCAGCUUGUCCAGCCAAAUCUCCACGUCUUCGAGAGCGUCUGCAGCUGCGGCGGAGAGGGAGGAAGCGGCAAGAAUCGAGACGGAGGCCAUCGAAAAAGCCAACAAAGCUUGGCUGAAACAGGUGGGUACGAAGUGCGAUCAAGCUGCAAGAGCUUGUGUGGCCCAGAUCGGCGUCCGGAUACAGGUCGUCCCGAAGAAUGUUAGAAGGAGGACGGGAACCAUCACUGCUUCCAAAACUCUCGGCUUCCCAUCUCUGUGGCCGCUCUCGGCGUCGUCGGACCCAGACAAAACAGAGGAGAAUCUGCAAUUGGUCGAGUGGCAGCCGAACAGAUUCGACGGCGAGCAUCUACUUGGUACACCCUCCUACUCCUUGUCGCUCUCUAAGACUGCUGUCGACCCGCACCUCACGCGUGUGGGUGGAACAUUUGUGCUCAGUGUCGAAGACGAGGCGGAAGGCUCCGUAGCUCGCCGUGCGCUGGAAGUGCUCGUCUACGUCGGCCUCUGCAUGCUCCUAGAAUCGGCGUUCCUGACCGCCAUUGGCGCACCAAGACCACAGCCUGAACCGACGAGGACAGACGCAGAUACGCAAGACUCAUCCGGCAAGGUUGUACAACGUGCACGUGCUCAGUCUGAUGCUGCUGUCGCCCUGAAGGAAGAAGCUCCGACAUCGCCGGAAGCAUCUGAGACCACGUCGAACAACAAGACACCGCGCAGGUGGGGAAGGGGACUGUGGGGUGUUGGAGGAGCUGUGAGUGCUGCGCUUCGCGCCCCAAUCUCUGGUCGCGCCAGCAUCGACGAGACCCCAACUCGGCACGUGCGCAAAGCAUCGAGCGGCAAGUUUGAAAGAUCUUCCACGAUGGACGUCCAGGUCAGCGAAAGUGCACCAGGAGCGAGAAGGGCAAGCAUCACCUCUGAGAGCGUAGGCCUACCCCGAUCGAAGACGAAGGAUGAACGACGGAUCAGUGGAAGCCAAGCUUCUCGAGCUACGCGGGCCUCCCUUGAUCUUGCCAACCCUUUCCGCGCCGGGAGGUUGGGACGCAUCAUCAGCUCCAGUCUUUCGCGCCAGUCAAACCUGAGCGACGAAGCUGAGCAAGCAGGGGCCGAGGUUGCGAAAGGCGAAGGCACUACGUCCCUAGAUCCAACGCGACCGCAAAUUUCUUCGGUUCCGGACAAGGAAAGCACGCUCAAAGCUCGCGGAGACGCACGAAGUCUCGUCGCACUGGCUCCUGCGCCCCUAAGCGCGUCGCCAGAGGUGGCAGCUCUGUGGGCUCGCGAGAAGAGAGACCGAAGUAUGGGCGACCAGUCCUUCGUGGAGGCAUUCCACAGCGCGCAACGAUUAGCUUUUCUGGUCGAAGGCAAUGCUGUUCUGUUGGCCUUUGCCGCGGGAGAUGGCGCUACUGAUGCCGUCGAUGAGGAAGACGUGGAGGAACUCAAGGAUCCCUCUGCGCCAACUCCAAAUCCCCCCUUGAGUGUGCCCACACCAAACUCGGCGCGCAACGUCAGUGGUGCCUCUCUGCCUCCGACUCCGAGCACCGCUGCCAGCGCGAGCGCAAAGGACGUCAAAAGUAUACCUGGACAAGAUGUGAUUGUAGCCAGGGGUGAGGUGCGCUUCUAUGCGCGAGCUGGAAGGUCGAAAGACGUGCCUCUUGGUCAACUGAUAGAAGAGAUGUGCGCCAAGGUGAAUGAGGAAGAAGCCAAGGUCCUGCAUUCGGCUGCGAGCAACAAGGCCGCGGCUGUCGAGUCUGCGCCUCAGGUUGCAUCACAGGCCAUCCACUACAUUCACGGAGACCACCGGAUCAGCGUGGUCGCAUCCCUUUUGCCUUCUGCACUGAUCAGCACUCAGCACAAGGGAAUUGACCACGCUCAAGGCGAUUCUAGCGAAGACCAAGAUGUAGCUGUCGUCGCCGCCGCGCUUCACACUAACAAUGAUGCUGCAAGAGCCGCUGUAGCUGCCGCAGAAUCAGCAGUGCUUUGUGCUGAGAUGAAAGGUAACUUGAUCGAUGCGCAAGGCCUUUCCAUUGUAGCGGAGAAGAACAAGCUCUGGAUGUGGAACGUGGAGACGGGUACGGGUGAACAGAGCAAAGCGACGCUCGUACCGAAAGGAGUCUACCUCAUGUCUUUCGCCAAGUAUCUCGAAGCGCUGCUCUACCAUCCCGCCCUGAAGAAGUCGACUGCGCACGAUGCGGACGCGGGAGAUGGAUACGAUCUGGUCCGAGCUUUUCGAAUGGGUAGAGCGCUGGUCAAGGUUUGUACGCAGCCCGUCGCGCUGUACGAUCUGGCCAUCGAAGGUCCGAGGAUCUACUCAUCGGCUCACACCCGGGGCCAGGACAGCAAAGUUUCGCCAUCGAAGCAGUCGGCUGCAAUCGUCAAGCAGACAAGGCUAGAGAUCCAGCAUUUCUUUUCGAGCGUCAAAGCUCGCAUCUCGCAGCUCGAGACCAUCUUUGUGGCGCGUGAGCUGGAUGAGAUGGGAAAGACGAUCAAACCUGCUAGCGUCAGCAAAUCUUUCACCGGUGUUUCCAUGGAUUCGGAGAGCUUGUCAGAACGCAGCAUCAACGAGGAGCUUGCUGGCCCCUUGCAGCUUCUUGCGAGUUUAGGCGAAACCUUUACCAACCGAGAAUUUGAGCUCUACGACGCUUUGAAAGAGACUGAUCCCAACGUGAUCAACGACAUUCGAAAGGCCUUCAACGAUCGCGCCAAGUCGGCCAAGAAUCGCCUAGCUGCCUGGACGACCAAGCAUCUCACUAAGACUGAACUCAAGCAGCUGGGCCCCUUGGACUUUGAACUCCCAGAGUAUGCCAAACCAGGCGUGCACUCGUUCCCAGGGUCGAAGCAUUUGAUUCGGGAGGAUGAGCCACUAAGCAUUGUGGCAUUCUCGUUGUCUUCUCGGGACUACAAGGGCGAGAUGGGUGCUGCAGUGCCCCAACAGCCUGCGCCUGAGCACAAUCAACGUGUGCUCAACUGGAGGACUAGCGUAAUACCAGGAGGCGGAUCGCAACUUUCCUCCAACUCGGGUGUGCCAUCCGUCGCGGGUUCCACGUCGACUGAUGCAUCGCGCAGAAGCGCGGGAUCGUCUGCUCUGGAUCCAGAUGUGGACGAAGAUUUUCACCAGGCUGAGCCGGUCCGAGUUCAUAUGAAGCGCAAGCGCCGAGGUCGAGAAGCGUCUAUCCUGUCUCUGACACUGCGACGUGUGGGCUCGUCGAUCUCAGCUCAUUCCGAAUCGCAAGCGACGACGCCAACGGCGGAACAUGUGCCGGUCUUGGACCAGGCCUCAGGCAUCGACAAGGAUGUCAGGACAGACCCGCUGGAAGAUGAUGCCGACGCGAGCUUCAGCGGACUCUCGCUCGAUGUCGAUCUAGCAACUCCUGGUGUUUCGCCCUUAUCGCCACACGCUUUUGACAAGGUCCAGUCUACGCCUCCAACGAGUCGGAUGCGCAAAGGUGCGAACCCUCGGGCUUACGAUGGCUCCAUCGCUAGCUCGAGCAGCGUAGGCGGCAACAGCACUUUUCGUGCGCACGUCACGCAGCUCUCUGUGCGGCCAAAUUCGCUCGCUUCCAUCUUCUCUCGCGAUACUGCCGAGCUCACCGAAUUGGCUGGCAAUGAUCCGGAUAUAAGCAGCACCUCUUUGGGCUCGAGCUGGGGAAUGGGCAGCUUGCGAGCAGGCAAACAGGAGACGUCAGCCGCAGGGGCUACGGGCUCGCGCAUUUCUUCCCACUCUCUUGCACCGCCAACACCCUCCACCGAGGUACCACCUGAGCUCUCGACCUCAUUGGCUACGAGCGCUGACGAAGACGCGCUGUCAGCAACGCCUCGCUCGACUUCGCAUACUCACAAUCAAGCGGAAUCUCCACACGUGAAACACAAUUUGUUCCACGGCAACACCAAGGUGUCGUGCGUCAGCUGGUUUGCGCAAGACUUUGCCACAUUGCGCCGCAAGUGGGGCAUCGUCGACAACGAUUUCGCUGAAAGCCUGGCGCGCUGCGCAUCUUGGAACGCCAGCGGUGGCAAGAGCAAGUCCGCGUUCUUCAAGACCAAAGAUGAGCGUUUCGUCGCAAAGCAGCUUCUUACCGUCUGGUCUGUCGACGAGAAGGAAGCGUUCUUAGAGUUUGCGCCUGCAUAUCUGCGAUACAUGAUGAACGCCGCUGUCAAUGACUGCCCGACUUUGCUAGUCAAGAUAGCUGGUGUCUACAGUCUGAAGGUCAAGCAGAUCGGUGGCGAGACGCGCCUCAAGAUGAACAUCAUGGUGCUUGAGAAUCUCUGGACAGGCAAGGAGGUUAGUGCAGCUUUCUGCGGAUGGCAGCUGAUCCGCAACUUCUGACUUUGCUGCUGCAUCGUCCCAACGUUUUGCCUCAGACGGCGCGAUUCGAUCUCAAAGGAAUCCGAGACCGACGUGUAAAGCCUGGUG